AAAUGGAAGGACCGAGGCGAUGCCGUUAACUUCCACGACUCAGCUUCCUUUCUUCUUCUUCUUCUUCUUCUUAGAUUACUGUUUCUGCAAUUGCGGAAGAGGCAGCUUAAGCAAGUUCGAUGGCAGUGUCACUCUCUUUACUUCCCCCACAGCCUGUAGCGCCCUUUACCGCCACCCCCAGGCUCGUUCCCGCCCUCAAGCCCCGCAGCUGGCUAUUUAGCUCCAAACCUCAGCCGCCCGGUGCGGCUGCUGCGGUUGACACCUUCACGGAGAAGUCGGGGUACCUCUUCGAGUUGAGCGCGACGGAGGCGGACUCCCUGACGGAGUACGACAUAUCGAGGAUUGCCUCCAUCUACAGGCGCAAGCCUUUCGUUCUGCUCCGGCGCCUUCUCCAGGUUGGGACCACCCUCGGCCGCUGGUUUGCCUUGCGGUACCUCGACAGCGUCAAUGAUCGGUCUGUCGAGAUGUUCAAGAUUAGAGCAGAAGAACUCCGGCAGAUAUUGGUAGAACUUGGCCCGGCAUAUGUAAAGGUUGCCCAAGCUGUUUCUUCACGGCCGGAUUUGAUACCUCCUGAAUAUCUGGACGAACUGUCGCUGUUGCAAGAUAAAAUAGCUCCAUUUUCUACUGAGGUUGCUUUCAAUACAAUAGAAAAGGAACUUAACUUGCCUAUUGAUGAGUUAUUUGCGGAGAUUUCACCAGAGCCUAUAGCAGCAGCAUCCCUUGGACAGGUUUAUCAAGCAAGGCUUUGUCGCAGGGGGGAGGUUGUCGCUGUAAAAGUGCAAAGGCCAGGAGUUCAAGCUGCUAUUGCCUUGGAUAUUUUGAUUCUACGAUAUUUGGCCGGGGCGAUUCGGAGAGCUCGCAAAUUGAACACUGAUCUUCCUGCAGUAGUUGAUGAGUGGGCAUCGAGUCUGUUUCGGGAGAUGGACUACAGAAAAGAAGCAAACAAUGGCAUCAAGUUUAGGGAGCUCUAUGGUGAUAUACCAGAUGUCUCUGUUCCAGAGAUGUAUGUGGAUUACACGACUAGCAAGGUUCUUACAAUGGAAUGGAUAGAGGGACAAAAGUUGUCGGAAGUAAAGGAUCUUUACUUGAUCGAGGUGGGGGUUUACUGCUCAUUCAAUCAACUUUUGGAACGUGGAUUUUAUCAUGCAGAUCCACACCCGGGAAAUCUUCUUCGUACAUAUGAUGGGAAACUUGCUUAUAUAGAUUUUGGUAUGAUGGGUGAAUUUAAACAAGAACUACGCGAUGGAUUUAUCGAAGCUUGUCUGCAUCUAGUUAAUCGUGAUUAUGAUGCGCUGGCCAAGGAUUUUGUCACUCUUGGGUUUCUUCCCCCAACUGCGGACAAGGACGCUGUUACAAAGGCUUUAACAGGUGUCUUUCAGAAUGCCGUUGCAAGAGGGGUCCGCAAUAUAAGCUUUGGAGAUCUAUCGGGAAACUUGGGAACCGCCAUGUACAAGCUCAAAUUCCAAAUACCUUCGUACUUUUCUCUUGUCAUCAGAAGCCUCGCUGUAUUGGAGGGAAUUGCUAUCAGUUUCAACCCCAAUUAUAAAGUCUUGGGCAGUACAUACCCAUGGAUUGCCAGAAAAGUAUUAUCUGACAGUUCACCGAAACUGAGGGCUUCUCUGCAAGAACUGCUUUAUGAGGAUGGUACUUUUCGGAUUGAUCGACUGGAAUCUCUACUCGCAGAGUCCCUCCGUGCCAAGACCAAGAAGGCCUUGGUUAAAAAAUCUGUAAAAGAAGAUGAUCCCAGGUUGGCUGUCAAGCAAAUUCUCUCUUUCACAUUAACUGAAAAGGGCGGUUUCUUGAGGGACAUAAUUCUUGACGAAUUUGCUAAGGGUUUAGAUGCACUUGGUCUAGCUACCAUGGCAAGCACACCUGUUGGGAGUUCUAUCUCGUUCUUCCGCAUGACCGACGAAGACACAGUCAACUUGCAAACAUUGCGUCGGCUGUUGCUAUUACUAUCAGGAAUUCAAAGUGAUGAGAGUUUCAGUCAGGAAGUAGAGUUGGGGUCCCUGCAGAGUUUCCAACUGCGGUAUUUGGAAGAAGCGUUGGGUCGACUUUCAUCAGUUCAAGAAAUGCUGCCCACCCUUUCUGUUAUUUCAGAGCUCCCCCCAGAAAUGCAGCAACGGCUACUGAGUCUACCCGGUGAUCUAGCUGGAAGAAUAAUUUCUCGAGCUACUGCCCGUACCAUCCGUAGAAUAUUCCUGUGAUCGGGGCCCGUAAAUAACUGAUGGAAGUGAUAUAUCGCUUUCGCCUGCUAAACUUCAGGCUGCUCACUGCAUGAAGUCAUCCAAGGAUCGAUCGCCCGCCGGGGAUCGAUCGGGAACGUUUGUGCAGGAAAAGAAAGAUAUUGGUCCAGAGCUAGUUUUAUUUUUAUUCAUUUUUUGUCAUUACCAUGAUAAGUUGUGCAUUCCGCCGACCUGAACAGACAGCUCACUGUUGGGGUUAGGGAUGUACUCAACCAAACAAUAACGCAGCAAUUAAUCUUCCUCCCCUA